AAGUGAAUCGUAUCGUGAAUCGUUCAGUUGCUGAACUUGUAGCCGAAAGCUUAUACAAAAAAAAAAAAAAAUUAAAAUUUAAUAAUAAAUUUAAAAAAAAUAAAUUUAAAAUUUGUAUUUAAAAAAUGCCUGCCAAUAACUUAAAUCAUUUAGUGGGAACGACUACACGUUACAUAGCCGGACGCAAAGCUUUGCAAACUUCAUAUUGGCGUGCGAGCGCUGACGGCAAAUUAAUCAAAUACAGCAAGACUUGUGAAUUUGAUCGUUCACAGGAAAUUCCAGCCAGUAUACGCCAUCAGUUCUUUAAUCGCAGUUACGUAACAAACAAAUCCAUUUAAGGAUUUCACAUAAUGAACAGUAAUAGUAAUAGUGAUUGUAAUAUUAUAUGUCAAGCACAGUGAUACACAUGCACAUAUCUUGCUAAUUGAAAGUUGUGCAAUAGCCGUUCUAGUAAACAAUAAUUAUACGUAA